GCAGAGAAGUUGAUCCUACGUAUCCGCAUCAUGAAUGAUGAAGCCCCAAAGGGUGAAUUGAAUGAUGAGUCUGCUGAAGAUGAUGUAUUCUUGAAGAAGAUUGAGAGUAACAUGCUGACAGAAAUGGCACUUCGAGGUAUCCCAGACAUCAACAAGGUGUUCAUUAAACAUAGUAAAGCAAGCAAAUUUGAUGAGGCUGAUGGAUAUAAGACCAGAGAGGAGUGGGUGCUGGAUACAGAAGGUGUCAAUCUCUUGGCUGUAAUGUGCCAUGAAGAUGUUGAUGCGAGGAGAACAACAAGCAAUCACUUGAUUGAAGUGAUUGAAGUUCUUGGAAUCGAAGCAGUUCGUCGGUCCUUGUUGGAUGAAUUGCGGGUUGUGAUAUCAUUUGAUGGGUCUUAUGUGAAUUAUCGGCAUCUAGCUAUCCUCUGUGAUACAAUGACGUAUCGUGGCCACUUGAUGGCCAUCACCCGUCAUGGCAUCAACCGCAAUGAUACAGGGCCUAUGAUGAGGUGCUCAUUUGAAGAAACUGUAGAUAUUCUCCUUGAUGCAGCUGUUUAUUCUGAGUCAGAUUAUUUAAGGGGUGUGACAGAGAAUAUAAUGUUGGGUCAGCUUGCACCAAUUGGUACAGGAGACUGUGCCUUGUAUCUCAAUGAUGAGAUGUUGAAGAACGCCAUUGAACUUCAGCUACCUAGUUACAUGGAAGGACUGGAAUUUGGCAUGACACCUGCUCGUUCUCCAGUGUCAGGAACUCCUUAUCAUGAAGGCAUGAUGUCUCCAAGUUACUUGCUGAGCCCAAAUCUCGGUCUCUCACCCAUUACAGAUUCUCAGUUCUCACCUUAUGUUGGCGGGAUGGCAUUCUCUCCUGCGUCAUCCCCUGGUUACAGCCCAUCAUCUCCUGGAUAUAGUCCUUCAUCUCCUGGUUACAGCCCAUCAUCUCCUGGAUAUAGUCCUUCAUCUCCCGGUUACAGUCCUACCUCUCCUGGUUACAGUCCUACAUCUAGAGUUUGCUCUCCCUCAGUCUCUUGCAUUUUUGCCUCGCUCUUACUCUCUUGCUUGGCUGUUUACCUCUUAAUCUCUUGCUUCUUUUAAUUUGCUACAAACAGUUGUAGAGAUCGAUCUGCCUAAGAUGUCAUUGUAAGUUCUUAAAUCCUAAUAACUUUUAUUUUUUCUUUUAACAUGACACUGUGUCUUUGUAUAGAGCUGUAUUCUUUUUAUAUGGUCUAAACUAAAGCAUAAAAGGUGUCAACCUAAACCCAAGCCCAGGGCGUGCCCACGGUAAUGAAAUAAAAGCUUCAUUUUUUUUUCUCGUGUAUUUCAGUAUCUUUGAUAGAAUGAAAUAGAAGCCCAUUUUCUUUCUUGGACUUUGGCAGAAUGUGUAAGGUGGGAAA